AAAAAUAGGACUAAUAAAAAGAACAGAGAUCAUUUUCUUUUGCCCUCCCUUACCCAUCCACAAAAAUCCAGUUAAGCUUUUUCCUGCUUCUCAUAUCUGUGUGCUCAUUUCGUUUUAUCCAAAUGGGGAUUUUGAUGAUUCGCCUCUCUGAUGAGAAUCUCGUUUUCUCCUUUCGAAUGGGACAGCCUCGGUGCCGAAACUGCGAUGACGUAGACAACUUGCGGCCUAAUAAUCGUCGCAAGGCAAAGGCUUAGGUAGGGAAGGAUAGUAGCGGCCAUGAAGGGAAAUGAGGGUCACCGAUGACGCUGCAGUCCGUAGAAGGCCAGGACGUUGAAGAUUUGGAUACCUAUAGUGGUUUGUUCGAUGAAGUGCAGACAAAAAUUCUGGAAAUUAAAGAGCACCUCGAAGAUACUGACCAGGAAACUGCCAUUGAUCAUGUUAAGAGUGCUGGACUUCUUGGUGAUGGCUUUGGUUCAACGCCAGAGAUGUGCAAAAAGAACCUGAUAUGGGUGGUUACACGAAUGCAGGUGGUGAUUGAUCGCUAUCCUACUUGUGGAGCUUAAGGGUGAAAACUGACCCCUUCGGCGUGGUUUUUGGGCAAAACCGACACCAACCGACCCUUAUAUUUCGGGAGAGAAAACCAGCCGAAACCGAUUGAUAGGGAGGAGAAAUGCCGACGCCGGCCGAUGCUUUAUUUCUAUGGUGGUUCACGGUCGGUUCUUAGACCGAGCUUUGUUUGAGAGAGUAGAGACUAGAGAGAGAGAGAGAGAGAGAGAGAGAGAGAGAGGAUGAGAACUGAGACGCGAGGAAGAAGACAUAUUGAUAUCGAAACGACGCCGUUUGGUUUAAACCAAA